UCUCUCACUCUCACUUUCACUUUAAUGAUCAAAGGCCGCGUCCUUUUCUUUCUCAAUGACCACCUCACAAAAGAAAAGAUUGUUUGAAGAGAUAUGCGAGCAUAUUCAAAAGCCCACUAUUCAAAAGAGACCACACCUCGAUUCAAUCUAUUUCAAAUGUCCUGAAUGUCGUGCGCGUCCUUUGACUCCCUGCAACACCGGUGUGUGUUGUCCAAACUGCAAUCUCACCAUCACGCUGGAUUGUGCCGAUCUCACAUGCAAUGCUGUUGAUAGAAUGAUGCGAAUGGUUCGAUCGCAACACAGUGGUUGCUUCCCUGUUACUGGAAUUGAAGCAUCGAGCAGCAGCAGCAGUAGUAAUAAAGCUGCAUCUUUAGUAUUGCCUGAUGGACAAGUCUAUCUUUCCUGGACGUGUCCAGGAUGCAAUCAGUUGGAGAUCCUUUUGUAACAUAAGGUAUUGUUAUCAAAGGAAAACCAUGACAUGUCCUCUUCUUUUAUUGUUUUAUUCAAACACACAACAAAACAGUAAUAAAAAAAAAUAACAGGAGAAAGAGAGAGAGAGAGAGAGAGAGAGAAGGUGUUGGAAAAAGUGGGUGCGUAGUAAAGAAGAAAGUUUGGGCGGGGGUGGUGGUGGGGGAG